GCGGCGCUCGGUAGGCGCAGCGCGGCGGAGCCGGGCCGAGGCGCGGCCAUGGGGCACCCGCCGCUGGAGUUCAGCGACUGCUACCUGGACAGCCCCGACUUCCGAGAGCGCCUCAAGUGCUACGAGCAGGAGCUGGAGCGCACCAACAAGUUCAUCAAGGAGGUGAUCAAGGACGGCAACGCGCUCAUCGCCGCCAUCCGCGGGUACUCCUCAGCAGUGCAGAAGUUCUCCCAGACUCUGCAGUCCUUCCAGUUCGACUUCAUCGGUGACACACUAACAGAUGAUGAGAUCAAUAUUGCUGAGUCGUUUAAGGAGUUUGCAGAGCUGCUGCAAGAAGUGGAGCUGGAGAGGUCCAUGAUGGUGCAGAAUGCAAGUGAUUUGCUGAUCAAACCUUUGGAAAAUUUCCGGAAGGAGCAGAUAGGGUUCACCAAGGAAAGAAAGAAGAAGUUUGAGAAGGAUGGAGAGAAGUUUUACUCUAUGCUGGAUCGCCACUUGCAUUUGUCUUCCAAAAAGAAGGAGUCUCAGUUACAGGAGGCUGACCUUCAGGUGGACAAAGAGAGACACAAUUUCUUUGAGUCCUCCCUCGAGUAUGUGUACCAGAUCCAGGAAGUACAAGAAAGCAAGAAAUUCAGUAUUGUGGAGCCGGUGCUGGCAUUUCUCCACAGCCUCUUCACUUACAACAACCUGACAGUGGAGCUGACACAGGAUUUCCUCCCAUACAAGCAGCAGCUCCAGCUCAGCCUGCAGAACACAAGGAAUCACUUUUCCAGCACACGGGAGGAGCUGGAAGAUCUGAAGAAGAGGAUGAAGGAAGCACCCCUAACCUGCAAGCUGCCUGGGCAGCCCACCAUCGAGGGCUACCUGUACACUCAGGAGAAAUGGGCUCUGGGCAUCUCCUGGGUGAAGUAUUACUGCCAGUAUGAAAAAGAGGCCAAAACCUUACGGAUGACACCCAUAGACCAGAAGCCUGGAGCUAAGCAGGGCACCUUGGACCUAACCGUGAAAUCCUGCGUAAGGAGAAAGACUGACUCCAUAGACAAAAGGUUUUGUUUUGACAUUGAAACUAAUGAAAGGUCCGGGACCAUCACGCUGCAGGCGCUGUCGGAAGCCAACCGGAGGCUGUGGAUGGAGGCCAUGGACGGGAAGGAGCCGAUUUAUCACAGUCCCAUCACGAAGCAAGAAGAAAUGGAGCUGAACGAGGUGGGCUUCAAGUUUGUUCGGAAGUGCAUCAAUGCAGUGGAGACCAAAGGAAUCACCACAGAGGGCGUGUACCGGACUGUUGGCAGCAACAUCCAGGUGCAGAAGUUACUGAAUGCUUUUUUUGAUCCAAAAUGCCCUGGGGAUGUGGAUCUCCAGAGUGGGGACUGGGACAUCAAGACCAUUACCAGCUCACUGAAGUUCUAUCUCAGGAACCUGUCUGAACCCGUCAUGACGUACAAGCUCCACAAAGAGCUGGUCCUGGCUGCCAAGUCUGAGAACCUGGAUUACAGGCUGGGAGCCAUUCAUGCACUGGUCUAUAAACUGCCUGACAAGAACAGGGAGAUGUUAGAACUCCUCAUCCAGCACCUUGUCAAUGUGUGUGAGCACAGCCGGGAGAAUCUGAUGUCACCGUCCAACAUGGGGGUGAUCUUCGGGCCCACCCUGAUGCGAGCACAGGAGGACACCGUGGCAGCCAUGAUGAACAUCAAGUUCCAAAACAUCGUGGUCGAGAUCCUGAUCGAGCACUUUGGGAAGAUCUACUCUGGCCCCCCAGAAGACACCACAGCCCCCCCAGUGCCCCCACCGAGGGUGGCUGCCCGGCGGCACAAGCCCAUCACCAUCUCCAAGCGUCCCCUGAGGGAAAGACCUGUCUUCUUCAAUGCCUCUGUGGAGGAGAGUGCAGCAGAGAGGCUCAGCCAGACCCCCAAUGGUGGCGGCGUGGAGGCCCCCAAGCCCCUGCACCGCAGCCGCCUGCCCGCGCCCCGGCCCGGGGGGGACGAGCUGGGGCGUUCCCCUGCCGAGAGCCGGCCCCAGCCCCGUGCUGAGCCCGAGCUGGGCAAGCUGGGCAUGGGGAAAGGGCUGCAGGAUGGAGGGGCCAAGGCAGCUGGGAGGGCGGCCAACGGCGUGGUGACCAGCCCUACCCUGAGGACUGCCACGCUGCAGGCCAGGAGACCGGCACCCCGGCCGGGCAUCUGUGGCAGAGAGGGUGACUGUGACAGUGUCCCUAAGCCACGUUCCCAUGGUGAUAAGCCUGUGAUAACACGUCCCCCUGUGAGACCUCCGGAUCCACCGUGCCGGACUCCCAUCCCUCCAAAGCUGGAGCAGAGGCCAGAUCUGAUAGCAGGGACAGCAGAGGAGAUGCCCUCAUCUGUGGUGGCCUCUAGGACCAAGUUCUUUGAGACGGCAUCCCGAAGAACAGGCAGUUCUUCAUCACCACAAGGCAGGAUCCCAAGUGAUGAGAGCUGAGGCUAAAGGCUUUGUAAGCACACCUCAGCCCAGCUGGACCCAGGAGACUUUCUGUGCUUGUGACCCAGGAGUCAGAACUGAGCCUUGCCAGCCCCAGUGCCCUGGAGAGCAGCUAUCUUACUGGACGAUGAUUUCCAAGCCACAAGUGGCCCAAGAAAUUAGGAGAGGGAGACCACGAUGGAAAGCAGGUCCUGCCCACACAUCUGUGUUGAACUGUUCCCUGCCCUCCCACCUCUCCUCCCUCUUCUCUCCUGUGUGUGCCAUGCAGGUGAUGGCAGCAUGGGCAGGGCUGGGGGACACAGACCACCUGUGGAAGGGACAGUGGAGCCCCUGUUCACCUGCACACUUUUGGGAAACACACCUUGAAAAGGGUGUUUGGACAGCACAAGGGCUGAGUCCCUCUGUUUGGAUGCAAGGGCAAAACAGCUGCAGUCCCCCCUUGCCCUGCUUGCCCUGAGAAGCCCCUUCCUUUGUGCUUGUGUCCCUCACUUGGUGAGUGUCAGUGUGUGGGACAGCUGUGCCUGUUAACGCUGCCCAUGGUGACAAAAGCUGGGCAGGGAUGGAGGAAUCGCUGUGCUCUGCUCUGUGGGAUGUCUCCUCAUCUCCUCCUGGACAUCCCUGGCCUGGGACACUACACUGACAGAGAGGCUUGGCCAGGGGCUUGGCCUGAGCCAUGGCCACAGCCUUGCCUGGGAUCAGCUCUCAGGCAGCACCCCUGGGUCAGCAGCCUCCAAGGGUGCAGCUGGGGGAGGGGGGCAGCAGGUGCUCCUCCUCUUCCUCCACUGCCUCCUCUUCCAUGAGCCACACUCCCACCAGAUCCACUUCUCACAGGCCCACCUAGAAGUCUCCAUCCUGGGUGAUUGUGGUGGCCAGCAAAGAGGUGCUGAGGAUCUGAAACUCACUGUUUGUGGGUCAAACCCAUUGUUUGGUUUUUUUUUUUAAGAACUGCCCAGUUUGUUGUUUGCUUGUUUAUUCAUUUCCUGUACAAGAUGCCCAGCCUGUCCCUCAGCCAUGGCCCUGUGGAUGAUGCCCAUUGGCCCAGGAGAUGUCCCUGGCCAGGACCUCUGUAGCGCUAGAAGCUUGUCUGUUGCUCCAGCUGCCACCAGGG